AUGCAUCUUUCACUUAAUAAAUCGUCGCCUGGUGCGUCAUCAACUGGAUAUGCAUUACCAGCAUCACCAAGUUUACAAUCGGAUGAAGUAUUUAGACAGAGAAUUACGUCUCCUCGAAUGAAUCAAGAAAGUUCUACAGGAGAAAAGUCAUUUCCUGAAAAAAAUACAAUAGAUAUUCCACCGUCUCCUCAAUCACCUAAAAGUAUUCUUGGAUUAAGGAGCAAACUUUCACAAUCAUGGAUAGAAUAUGCGAUAAUUUCAUUGAUAAUUAUAACCAUACGCCUAUUUAUUUCUAUCAAAUCUAUUGGACCGCUUGUUGAAAGAGCCAAAGAUAAGGCAAUUAGUUCAUGUUCUUCACUCGAACUUACUGCGUCAGCAGUAGUAUCCCUUCCGCAUAUUAUGGCAGGUGGAUUCAAUCGAGCAACGGUUGAUAGUGUAAACCUUGCAAUUAGAGGAUUUGCAAAAACGAUAGAUUUAUCGUUAGUUGCAAUAGAAGGUAUUAUUACUUGGUUAAUUCAUGUAUACAAAAGGACAUAUCUAUGUCUUUUGGAAUUUGCAGUAAGAGGAUCGAUUGGCGCAUUAUCAGAAUCUGUCAAAGUAUUAGGACUUGAUGCAUUAAAUGAAAAUAUUCCUUCAAUGGAUGAAAUCGAAACGAAAAUUUCAGAUUUAGCAUCAGUUCCGUUUAAUGAAUUAAGAGGAAUUGUUAAAGAUGCCGUUUCUGAUAUUAAAUUCAAUCAAAGUGUUUUACCAAUACCACCAAAAAAUCAAGUAAAAUUUUGUGCUGAUAAUUUAAAUCUUGAUAUUUUUGAUGAAGUUUCACAAGAACUGAUUAAAGGAGCAUAUAUCGGCAUUGGAAUUCUUAUUGCGAUAAUAUUAUUAAUGAUCGUAAUUAAUAUGGUGAUUAUUUGGCUUAAAAAUAAAAAAACUGGUUUUAGAUUAAUUAGAAUGGAAGAUAUUUUCAUAUGGAUUACAAAAAGGUCAAAGAAUUUUAAGAACAAUGAAAAUAAAGAUUUGUUUAUAUGGUUCUGGCAUUAUAUCCUUCAUAAACCGGCAUUGAUCUGUUUAUUGAUAGGAUUAACUGGUGUAUUAGGAAUUUAUUUACAAAUUUUUAUCCUUAAUACAGUCAAACAGAUUAAUAAACAAACAAUUGUUGAUUCAAUUAAUGACUUUAGUAAUUCUAUCGCAAAUUUAAUUGAUUCGCAAUUAAUUUCGGCUUCUAAAACAUUUUCAAACGAUAGUAAUACCGCAAUCCUUUCGUUAGAGAAUGAUUUGAAUCAGAAUUUAUUCGGAUGGGUCAAUACGACAACGAAUACGUUAAAUAAUACGUUAAAUGCCGCAGUAGAUGAAAUUUCGACCUUUGUUCAGAAUACUUUUGGCGGUGUACCAAUAUUGUUAACAUCCGUAAAUCAAUUAGUUGAUUGUUUAAUUUUGAAUAAAAUUGAAGGAAUCCAAGCCGGACUAAAUUUUAUUAGCGAAAAUGCUUUCAUUGGUUUACCGCGCGUAAAUGAAGCUGUCUUGUCGGAUAUUAAUAAUGAUAUGAAUAAUUUUGUGGUUGGUCAAGCCACAAAUGAACUUGUUGGUAGUAGUAAUAACGAUGGUGAAAUUGGUGGUGAAAUAGGCAAAAUAUUUGACGCCUAUGAAGAGACCUUAAGGUCCGAAUUACUAUUAUUUUGGUGUUUAAUUUCUGUUUGGCUCAUUGUUAUCUUCAUGGCCUUGAUUGGUGUUUUGUGGGAGCUAUUUCAACGAAGGAGAAGAAAACAAAUCAAUAUUAGAGAAGAUAAUGAUAAUUCUCAUUCAAAACCGAAACAUAAGCCAGUUUUCUCUCAAAGAGAUAUUAUUAACCCUCUUCCACCUCGGCCUCGACCUCCUUUACCACCAAAACCAAUCAUAAUUAAAAAGCAUGACAGUGACAGAGAUUAUGUUUAUUUUUAA